AUGACCAUCAAUGAUGAAGCCACGCCCUCCAGCCCAACCAUUUUUGUGGAUCUGGGUGGGACCUUCGUGCAUGCUCCAGCCGACUAUGCGUUGAAAACCGGCGACACGACUGUUCCGCUCGGGCGAGUUCUCUCUUCCUCGAUCUGGAUGGAGUACGAGGUCGGCAAGCUCACCGAACAAGAAUGCUUUACCCAGGCAGCAGCUCUCUUUGGCUGUGACGCGAAGGAUCUGGAAGCCGUGGUCCGCGAACUCCGGGCCACUCUCACCUACGACCCGCGAAUGCUUUCAGUGUUCAAGACCCUGAAGCAAACGCCCAGGGUCAAAGUGGUGCUUAUCACGACCAUCUCCGAGGGAGAGUAUCGGGCCCUGCGUGAACGGUGGGACGAGGCGUUCUGGAGUACAUUCGAUCACGUUUUCCCCUCCUGGGAAGUCGGCGUCCGCAAGCCCAGCCUACGCUUCUACCGCCAUGUCCUGCGGGCCACACGGUCGUCGCCGCAUCGAAGCUUGGUGGUUGACGACCGACCGGAGAACGUGCUCGCAGCCAUGUCGCUGGGGAUACGCGGGCAGGUCGGUACGAACGGCAUCUCCCGAGUGCUUGGGAACUUUGUAGGGGACCCCGUUGCGCGCGGGCUUGCAUUCCUCCGGCAACAUGCGGGCAAGCUGUACUCGACCACCGAGGAUGGUGACUCGAUCGAAGAGAAUUAUGCCCAGCUGCUUGUCCUGGAGGCGUUGAAUGAUUGGUCUCUGGUCGAUCUACAGCGCGCCCCCGGAUUGUGGAAUUUCUUCUCGGGCAGGCCAAAAUACACAAGCCAGAAACACCCCGAUGACUUUGAUACGACGUCUCUGGCCUUAGUCGCAAUGGAGUAUGAGCCCGAGGCCGCGCAUCCAAUCCUGGAUGAAAUGCUGAAGCAUGUUGAUGAAGACGGACUGGUCCCUAUCUACUUUGACAAAUCUCGACCCCGAGUCGAUGCGAUCAUCGCCCUCAACACCCUCGUUGCGUUCGGCAAAUACGGGCGUGGCAACGAGCUCCCCGAAACGCUGAACUGGAUCGAGCAGAUCCUGCGCCACAGAGCAUACAUCCACGGCACACGUUACUACCCGAGCCCGGAGUGGUUUCUGUACUACAUGAGUCGGCUGUUAACGCAUUCGAGGGACCCGGGUUUGAAGGCAAGAUUGGAAGCGCCGCUGAAAUCGCGCCUCGUCGAACGGAUUGGGGCCGCGGGGGAUGCCUUCUGUCUGGGGAUGCGGUUGCUGGCGUGUCAUUCCCUGGGCAUCCAGAACCACCCAGACACGGAAAGGCUGGCCAGCAUGCAGCAGGAAGACGGCGGGUGGGAGCCAUCGGCAAUGUACAUUUUUCCGACGGACAAGAAGACCGUCGGGAAUCGGGGGACGACAACGGCCCUCGCUGUUAAGGCGCUCCAGGGGGCGUAAUAGAAUUGGCAGUUGGGCCUUAAUUGAAGAAUGAGGUGUACAUACACGGUUGAAGUGAUGUAGGUUAGUGUCAUUGGAGGUCACUGG